AUGUGCUGUGGCGGGACCGCCUACCUUCCCCCGUCACUGCCAUUGCUGGUUGCCAAACCCACCCUCUCCCUGCCUUCUCGCCCCCUUUUUUGCGCACCUUCUCCCCCAUCCCCCCACCAACCAGUCACCUCUCCCUCUGACCUCCUCUGUUCCCUCAACGGCCAUGUGUUGUGGCGGCAUCGACUCCCUUCCCCCGUCACUGCCGUUGCUGGCUGUCUCCCAAACCCUCUCCCUGCCACUCCCAACCAUCUCUCCCACUCUCUCCCACCCACACCAGACACUUCCAUAUCUGACCUCCUCUGCUCCCUCAACGGCCAUGUGCUGUGGCGGGACCGACUCCCUUCCCCCGUCACUGCCACUGCGAGCUGUCCCACCCUCUUCCUGCCCUUUUGUCCACCUCCUCGUUUUUUGCCCACCUCCUCGUUUUUUUCCCACCUUCUCCCCCAUCUCCCCCACCAGAUGCAUCGCCCUCUGACCUCCACUGUUCCCUCAACGGUCAUGUGUUGUGGCGAGGCCGACUCCCUUCCUUAUUCACUGCCAUGGUCGUUUGUCCGGUGCCCACCUCAACCUCCCUGCCUCUGCCCCUCCCGUCUCUCCCCCUUCUUUCCCCAACCAGACACUUCCCCGUCUGACCUCCUUUGUUCGCUCAACGGGCAAGUGCUGUGGCGGGACCGGCUCCCUUCCCCCGUCACUGCCAUUGCGGGCUGUGACCCCUCUGUUUCCUCCCAUCAUCCCUCAACACUCUCACCCUCACCCGGAUCCUCUCUCUGGGCCGUGGCCUGUGCCAACCACUCGCUCCUGAUCCUUUCUUCUGCCGGCCGUCGCCUGCUUCCCGAAAUCCUUCUCGAUUCUCCCGCCGUCCUUCUCUCCUGGUCCGCUGCCGAACCUGAACUUCCAUCUCGGUUCGGCGCCGAACCUCCACCUUGGUCCGGCACCGGGCCUCCAUCUUGGUCCGGCGCCGAGCCUAAGAACCAGGCCUGGUUCGGAGUUUCCAGACACCAGCGGCUCGUGUUUAAGACUCCCCUGGAACAGCUAUGGGAUCGGCAAGGGGAGAGGGGGAGUGGGAUGUGGGGAGGACGAGGGGAGGGGGGAAAUGGGGUGGGGAGAGGUCGAGGGGAGAGGGGGAGUGGGGAGCAGGGAGGGCGAGGGGAAGGGGGGAUGGUGGGGCCGAUGCUGCUGGUGGUGACAAGGGGAGGGGGAGUGCGCGUGUGGGAUAUGGGGAGGCUGCAACUGCUAGUGGAUGGUGAUAUGGGCGCACUGGGCUGUGAGGCAAGAGGAGUGGGCGGGAGAGUGCGCGUGUGGGAUAUGGGGCGGCUGCAACUGCUGGUGGAUGGCGAUGUGGGCACACUGGGGUCAGAGGCAACGCAAGUGGAUUCUCACAUGGGCGGCGCACCGGAGGCAACCGGAGGUGAGAAAGUAGGCUGUGGUAACUCUUCUCUUGAGAAAGUCUUUUCUCCUCCACCCCUCUCUGCAUGCCUGGAUGCCUCUCUCUCUCCCUUCCCCACCCCUCAUUUCACCCCAACCCCGUGGCGCCCCCACCCCUUCUUGCCCCCUCCAGGCACACUCCGCAUGGCAUCUGCACGUCUGGAUGCCUCUCUCUUCCUUCCCCACCCCUCUACAUCCUGCCUCGUUCGCCCGUUUGAUCAUAUCCCCUCCCUCCUUCUGUUCCCCCCAUCCAUCCCCACAAUCCCACCAGGCACACUACAAAUAGCAUCAGCGCGCCUCCUCCCCCCGUGCACCCCUGUGGUAACCCUAUUAUCUGGACGAUCCUUCCUCCUCCACCCCUCCCUGCACGCCUGGAUGCCUCUCUCUCGCCCCCACCCUUCUUCGCGCCUUUCCUCCAAUUGGAGGCCGCCACCUGGCACGUUUCAAGCUGGGGGGUUCCGAGAUUCCAGCAGGGACGGUGCUGCUGGUGUUGCUGGUGGUGCUUUGACUUUCCUUUCAAGGCAAACGCAUGGGGAGGAGGCACACGCCACAAGAGCCCACCUGGAAAACGCCCUGGCGGCCUGCCGUCUGUUGAAAUCACCUGACGAGUUCAGGAGACUCCUGGCGGAAUACGUGCGUCUGCUCAUCAAGGAGGGUGAUGAGGGUCGGCUGAGGGAGGUGUGCCAGGAGCUUCUAGGGCCAGUUGACGCCGGGGAACAUGCGGUUACCACAUGGGCGGACAUGGUUACCAAUAACCGGGCGGGAACAGUUAUUCAGCGCAAUGCUCAAGUAGAUGAGGAGCUGAGAAGAAAGCGUGGCCUUUUACGAACUGUGGUCUUUCCAGCCUUACUCUCGAGCAAAGGGAUGCAACGGGUGCUUCUCACGAUGUCGUCCUCUGCAUUCCUUGCAAGGCCAGCUUCGCGCCUGAUUCUUGCGACAGUCAUCUUAUCGUUCGUCCUUUCUGCGGCAUGGGCGGCGCCAUUAACGGCGGCCAAAAAGCCGAAGCAGACGGUUCCGCUGCCGCCAUUCUACGAGGAGGCCCUCCAGAAGCUCAACGCGUCGGGUUUCACGAGUUUCGUGUCGCUCUUCACCAUGUAUGGCAAGACAAAGCAGAUGAACGACUUCGUUACGAAGAACUCUGUGACCGUUCUUGUACCUACUAACGACGCUAUCACUAGCGCGAACCUGACUGGCUACCCCAUGGAGAAAUUGCUCACGAUUGUCGCCUUCCAAGUCAUCAAGGGAGUGAAAACGAAGACCGAGUUACAAAUGUUACCACCUGGCACCCCAGUGCUGACCAUUUCGAUGAACGCGCAGAAGAAGCCACUCUUUUUGACGAAGGUUUCGCCAGCGUCGCCGAAGAAGCGGGUUAGCCUACGCGGGAAGGCUGGCCCUAAUAAGAGCGUGGUGACUAUAAUGGGUCCGGAUUUCUACUUCAAGGCGGGUAAACUUUCUGUUCACACUACGAACAACGUGGUGCUGCCGGAAGGGUACUAG